AAUAGUCACUUCCAUCACAUGGAACCAGGGAACAAUACACACAUUUCAAAAUUUCUUCUUCUGGGACUUUCAGAAGAACCAAAAUUGCAGCCCCUCAUAUUUUCACUUUUCCUCUUGAUCACCGUGUUUGGAAACCUGCUCACCAUCCUGGCUGUCAGCUCUGACUCCCACCUCCACACACCCAUGUACUUUUUUCUAUCCAACCUGUCCUUUGUAGACAUCUGUUUCACCUCUACCACCAUCCCAAAGAUGCUAUGGAACAUUCAGACACAGAGCAAAAUCAUAACCUAUGAAGGUUGCAUCACCCAGAUGUAUUUUUACCUUCUCUUUGGAGACUUAGAUGACGUUCUCCUGAGUGUGAUGGCAUAUGACAGGUUUGUGUCCAUCUGCCACCCCCUGCACUACAUGAGCAUAAUGAACCCUGGACUCUGUGGACUGUUGGUUCUGAUCUCCUGGAUAAUGAUGGCCAUGUAUUCCUUGUUACACACCUUAAUGGUAUCACGAUUGUCCUGUCCAGAUUUGGAAAUCCCCCACUUUUUCUGUGAACUCAAUCAGCUGGUACAACUUGCCAGUUCUGACACAUUUCUCAAUAACCUGGUGAUGUAUUUUGCAGCUCUCCUUAUGAGCAUUGGUCCUUUUGCUGGUAUCCUUUACUCUUACUUGAAAAUAUUUGCUUGCAUUCAUGGAAUCUCAUCAGACCAGGGGAGGUAUAAAGCAUUUUCCACCUGUGUGUCUCACCUUUCAGUUGUCUUCUUAUUUUAUUCUACAGGAUUAGGAGUGUACAUUAGCUCUGCUGCUACUCACAGCUCACACUCAAGUGCAAUAGCCUCGGUGAUGUACACUGUAGUCUUGCCCUUGCUGAACCCAUUCAUCUAUAGUCUGAGGAAUAAAGACAUAAAGAAUGCAUUGAAGAGUUUAUAUUUGAUACCAGGUAUAAAAUGGACAAUUAUCCUGGGUGUGAUGAAAAGCCCUUGA